GCCCACUUCUUUCUGGGACAAAGGCGUCAUCCCUUAGACACAGUAGGAAAAUGGUAUCUCCCGGAAGUUACCUCACGACCUCCAAGAGCGGCUUCCAAUCUUGCCGGAAAUGACGAACGAGUCAACCGGAUCGGUGACUGCGGAGGGCGAGCUGACCCCUGGCCACCGCCACAAUGGGCCGCGAGUUUGGGAAUCUGACGCGGAUGCGGCAUGUGAUCAGCUACAGCUUGUCACCUUUCGAGCAGCGCGCCUAUCCGCACGUCUUCACUAAAGGAAUCCCCAACGUUCUGCGCCGCAUUCGGGAGUCUUUUUUUCGCGUGGUGCCGCAGUUUGUAGUGUUUUAUCUUAUCUACACAUGGGGGACUGAAGAGUUCGAGAGAUCCAAGAGGAAGAAUCCAGCUGCCUAUGAAAAUGACAAAUGAGCAACGCAUCCGGAUGACGGUUCCCUGUCUCUGAAAGACCUUUCUCUGGAAGAGGAGUCUGCAUUGUAGUGUCUCAAAGACACAAUAAACUUCCUAUGGUCUGCA